UUCUUGAGCGAGUUAUCACUAAGCCUGUUUUUUUUUCCCAGUACGAUGCACUCUUUUGGUUUUUCGAUUUUUUUUCUUUUCUUUAUAGUAAUUUUGAUGAUCCUUUGAUCUAGUUUGGCUUCAAGUUUUCAGCUUAAUAAUAUGUAAAUCGUCAAGAUUAAAAAUUGCGAAGAAGUUACAAUUGUGUUGUUGCAUAUGUGUGAUUUAGGAAGAAUUCGUGAUUGUGGUUUUUAACCACAUUUAUCAGGUGAAUGUUCAUAGGAGAUUCAAGUGAGAUGGUUGCAAAAGAUCGUCAAAAGAACACAGGAUCUCCUAAAGUUGUAGUGGGAGAGAUAGACACUAGUGCACCUUUUCAGUCAGUUAAAGAUGCCGUCAAUUUAUUUGGUGAGGGUGCUUUCUCAGGGGAAAAACCUGCCACUAGAAAAGUAAAGGCAUAUUCUGCAGAGAGAGUAUUAGCAAAGGAGACACAGCUUCACUUGGUUCAGAAAGAGCUCAAUAAGUUGAAAGAUCAAUUGAAGAAUGCUGAAAGUACAAGAGCCCAAGCACUUUCAGACCUUGAAAAGGCUAAACGAACCGUUGAGGGUUUGACUGCCAAACUCAAUACUGUUGGUGAGUCGAAGAAUUUGGCGAUUAAAGCAACAGAAGUGGCAAAGAAUCACAUGGAUAAGAUGGAAGAAGCAGAAAGGUGCAAUUCCAAUGGUGUUGAUGGUUCUCAGAGAGAGAAUCUUGAAAGUGCGAGAGAACAUUAUAUGGCUGUGAGUGCCGAACUUGAUGCUACAAAACAAGAUCUGAGGAAGAUCCGUCAGGAUUAUGAUGCAUCUGGGGAAGCCAAAGCUGCAGCAAUCAAGCAGGUAGCAGAAGCUGAGGUUGCUGCUAAAGCAAAUAUGGAGAAAGCUGGUGAACUAUCCAAAGAAAUUGCUGUUCUUCAGGAGUCAAUUGAACAGGUGAAGCUUGCCAGUAUGCAAUCACAGGAUGAAGAAGCGAAGUUAUAUGCUGAUAAGGAUGUCCUGAAGCAGUCUUACAAAACCAGACUGGAGGAGUCUGCAAAUAAACUGAAUGCCUUGAAGAAGGAGAUUGAUCCUGAACUGACUCGAAAUCUGGAAACACAGUUGGCUGAAACCAUGUUGCAAAUUGAACAGCUAAGAAAAGAGAUGGACAGCACAAAGGCUUCAGAUCUUGAUUCUGUGAAGAUGGUUACUACAGAGCUGGAUGAUGCUAAGGAAUCAUUGCAAAAGGUAGCAGAAGAGGAGAGCUCAAUGCGGAGCUUGGUGGAAAAACUUAAACUUGAGCUUGAGAAUGUAAAAAAGGAGCAUUCAGAGUUGAAAGAAAAGGAAGCGGACACAGAAUCAAUAGCUGGAAAUCUGCAUGUCAAGCUUCGCAAAACCAAGUCUGAGCUGGAAGCAGCCCUUGGAGAAAAGUCGAAAAUAGAAGGUGCUUCUGAUGAUAUGCUCUCUACCCUCGAGCAGCUGUCAUCGGAGAAUGAAAUUGCAAGAAAUGAGGCAGAGGAGAUGAAGAAGCAAGCUGAGGAGUUGAAGAAAGAAUCUGAAGCCACCAGAAUUCUUCUAGAAGAAGCAGAAGAAAGGUUAAAAGUUGGAUUGCAAGAUGCUGAAGAAGCCAAAGUAGCUGAGGCUAGCGCCCUCGAUCAGAUUAAAGUUAUGUCCGAGCGAACCAAUGCUGCACGUGCAUCUACCUCUGAAACAGGUGCCCAGAUCACCAUAUCGAGAGAUGAAUUCGAGUCAUUAAGCAAAAAAGUUGAAGAAUCUGACAAGUUGGCAGAAAUGAAAGUGGCUGCUGCAAUAGCUCAGGUGGAAGCUGUGAAAGCAAGCGAAAAUGAGGCCCUGAAGAAGUUAGAGGCCACUCAGAAGGAGAUUGAUGAAAUUAAAGCUGCAACUCAGGAGGCAUUGAAAAGGGCAGAGAUGGCUGAGGCUGCCAAGAAAGCCGUGGAGGGAGAACUAAGGAGGUGGCAUGAGCGUGAGCAAAAGAAGGCGGCAGAAGCAGCAUCAAGAAUUCUUGCCGAAACAGAUAUGUCCUUCACUGCUUCUCCAAAUAAUUACCGAAUUCAAAAGCAGAAUCCUCCAGAGAAAAGGAUGGAAUUCCGAAAGCUGGAUAGAGCAAAAACCUCUGUUUCAAGGAAAGUACUUAUGCCUAGUAUCACUGGUAUAUUCCACAGGAAGAGAAACCAAGUUGAAGGUGGUUCUCCUUCUUAUCUGCCCGGAGAGGAGCCUGUGUGAUAAAGGGUAUGGUUAAAGCCGAAGUAGUUUAUCUGUGUAUAUUUUAGAGACGUGCAAACAUUUUUCCUGUUUUUGUUUCACUUUCCUGACGGGGUCUAUUUUGCUGAAAACAGUUUGGAGGAGGAUUGGAUGCCUUUCAGAUUUAGAUAAUUGGCUGGAAAUAUUAUUACAAAUUUUGUGUGAUCGUUGCCUGUGUGCAGCAUAUGAAAAUAAAUGCUGGGAAGUGAAUGUGCUGUCAGUGGAGAUUCAUACGAUUCACAACAUGAGUUUGAAUUGGUCUAAUCCAAGUGUUAGGCACAGAAGCCGGGAGUAAAUUCU